AUGGCCCGGCGCAUCGCGUCAAAGCUCAGAAGACGCGCCAGGAAGAUUACCAAAGAUAUCUACCUACCUCUCGAUGCUGCAUCCCGUACAAUCCGUGUGCUACAGCUCUACCCGGGCGCCUGGGGGGACGACAUCCGCGCAGCGCUUCAGAUCUCCUCUAUCGACGAUGUUCGAGGCCGCUACAUCGCCCUUUCGUACACAUGGGGUUCCGAAGGCGUCGCUCGCCAAAUGCUGAUACGGUGUAACGGGAAGUCAGUUUCAGUUUCUGAAAAUCUUUUCACGGCUCUGCGCAGACUUCGACAACCUGACCAUGAGGUCCUGCUUUGGGCGGACGCGCUAUGUAUCAACCAAGCAGAUGCUUCGGAGAGAACCAAACAAGUUGGCAUGAUGGGUGAUAUAUACAGCAACAGUCACGAGACGAUCAUAUGGCUUGGCGAACCAGUGCCCGGUGAAGACAUUGGCUCCCGCUUCUUGAAGGACAAUACUUCCGAAAUAGCGUGGACAGGUGAUUUCAGAGACAGCGACCUGCGGGAUGAGUUUAUGCUAGAUUUUGAGCUCUCGUGUAAGGCGGCGCCGUUGGUCGCAUUGGCCGACACGCCCGCGGCGGAUACAGGGCCGGAUAUCUUCGGUGCGUUUUGUUUAAUCCAGGACUUUGCCGAAGACGUCUCGUACCCUCUACUCAAGUUGCUGGAUCGCAACAAAGCCACUAUAUCGGAACGCAUCGAAUAUCCCAGGAGACAUGGCCUGAUUGCGACAAACGGCCGUUGGCAUGGGUCACAGUCUCUCAGAGUAUGGGACGGUCUCGCAAAGUUAAUGGAUAGGGCUUGGUGGCAGCGCAUUUGGGUCAUUCAAGAGACCGUACUCUCAAGACACGCCACAGUACACUACGGCAUGCUUUCAGCCCCCUGGUCAAUGUUCGCUAGCGCUGCCGUGAGCUAUGUCCAGCAGCGUCACACGUUGUGCCUGGACCUGGCUGGGACGCUCUAUGGGCAAGAUACCCUGGAUAAGUUCAGUAACUUCGUGCUUCGAAUCGAGGAGACCAGACUUUGUCACGAGAGUAGCUCCGAGAACGCGACGUUACUUGAUCUACUUUGGAAGUUUCGACCCUUACAAGCGACUGACAAACGAGAUAAAGUUUUUGCUCUCCUCGGAUUGACUACAGACUGGCAAAACUUGCCAGCGUUGAUCCCCGAUUAUAAUAACGACGCUACAACAAUCUUCACUCGAACGACUUGGGGCAACCUACGACGAGCAGGAUCACUCUCAGUCCUCGCAGGAGACCUUGAAGCUGUUCUGAACCGCAAACGUCUUGAAGGCCUUCCUUCUUGGGUAAUGGACUGGUCGCUACCAUGUCUCCCGAUUGAAAUAGAAAGAGUUGGCUCAUUGAACAUGUACAGCGCAAGCGGUAACCGUGAAGGUCCGGUUCGGUACCAUCCGGAGAACAAUGCACUGGAGAUCGAGGCUGUGUACAUCGACUACGUGUCCACCAUUGGCGAGGUUAGCCGACAUACACAGAUCAGCGAUACAUGCGCCGUCAUAAAGUCCUGGAAGCUGCUCACUAAUCCCUUCGUGCAAAGCUCAAAGUCAUAUCCUACUGGCGAGCUAUAUCAGGAUGUCUUUUGGCGGACAUUGAUCGGGGAUCUGAUACGUGUGGGUACUGCUCCAAAUACUCGUGAGAUGAAGAGCUCUUAUCGUCGAGCUACGAAAGACGAUUACGAGUCCUUUAGGGCGUGGAGCAUGUGGUCUCGAUGCAUCUCACGAGACACAUUUUCUCGAACAGCGUCGUUUUCGCAGCGCGACCUCAACGAAGGCAUAUCUGGAAUACAUCACGCUCUCAAAACUGCGACAGCGUCCCGACGUUUUUUCCUUACCAAAUCUGGAUACAUGGGUAUUGGCCCAAGAACGACCGUCGUAGGCGAUAGAGUAUAUGUUUUUAAGGGUGGAAAUGUUCCGUUCAUCGUUCGGAACGAUGGAUCAGUCACUACAGAUGGUGACGGAAAUGUCUCCAGCCUUAGCGAUACUCCAGUUCGUGAUGGUUUUCGCUUGAUAGGUGACUGCUUCGUUUAUGGAUUGAUGGACGGCGAGGCCUUUACGCAAACAUCCCUGCAAGCUGGAAGAAUCAAUCUAGUUUGA